AGAGAGAGAGAGAGAGAGAGCAUCUCGUUCACAGCUCCAAACCGAGCUCUUACUUUUGAAGUUAAGCCUUUUCACAAGUCUUUUAUUUUGUAAUGACCUGAAGAAAGGUCAUUGGAAGAGAGGUUGGUCUUCCAGAAAGGUUAUUGUGGGAUGCUUGGCUGGAGGAGGGCAGGAAUUCCUUUCAGUGCCUCCCAGACACUCAGGAAUCACCAGAAACAGAUCCACCCUUCUUCAUCUCAAAGAGGACUUUUAUUUCAUGCUUUCAUUUCAGAGCGACUUCAACAGACGCACUUCUGAUUCAUGAAGACUUUUAGUCCUUUCUAACCUUUUUUUUCAGACUUUGUCUGACCCUUUAUUUUCUCGGUUCCUUUGCAUAUUGUCGCGGGGUGGUGUAUCCCCACUGAACCCAGGGGUUCAUCACACACACACACACACACACCGACCGGGUUUGGCGUGGAGACGGGGUCCCUAGCAGCGGUUGCCUUGGGUCGGGUGUGCCUGGCGUUUCCAUAGCAACCAUGCUGCGUUGCGUCCUGCAGCGGGCGUACAACCUCCGCCACUCGGACCCCCUGGCGGGAGUGACCUUCAGAGGCACCAAGAAAAAGACCAAGGUUGUCAAGAACAACCCUAACCCAGUGUGGAAUGAGGGUUUUGAGUGGGACCUGAAGGGAAUUCCUCUGGAUUCCGCAGCAGAGAUCCACUGUGUGGUUAAAGACCACGAGAAGAUGGGGAGGAACAGGUUCCUGGGUGAGAGCAGGGUGUCUCUCAGGGAUGUCCUCAACUCUCCAAACCUGGCGGCUUGCUUCACCGUGUCCCUGAUGGACACCAAGAGGAACAACACUGGAGCCACACUAAGCCUGCAGGUUUCCUACAUCCCUCCCCCCGGAGCAGCGCCCAUCUACCAGCCUCCCGCCCAGCCUGAGCCCUCCCACUACAGCAACCCCCACGUAGAGCUGGACACCAUCACAAUGAUCUCCAUGGACACCAUGGGGGAGGAGGACACAGAGAGCAUGCUGAUGCUGGAGCCCAGCGAGGAGCAGGGCCUGGACGACGGGGGCCGCUCCCUGGUGGACUCGGGCCCCCAGGGGCCCCAGGGCAGGGAGACCCCCACCGCCCAAACCCCCAAGAGACCCCCACCCUCCUACAAAGCCCAGGCCGGCCUGAGGAAGAGGAGGAGGGGGGCCGGCAGCCAGAACAGAGCCCUCCCCAACAAGCCCCAGGACCUGCAGGUGCGUGUCCGGAUCAUCGAGGGGAGACAGUUGCCGGGCAUCAAUAUCCAACCAGUCGUCAAGGUAACCGUUGCCGGGCAGACCAAGAGGACCUGCAUUCGUAAGGGGAACAACCCUGUGUUUGAUGAGACCUUCUUCCUGAACUUCUUUGAGUCACCCUCCGACCUGUUUGACGAGCCAAUCUUCAUCACCGUGUGUGACUCUCGCAUGCUGAGGCAUGAUGCUGUCAUUGGAGAAUUUAAGCUGGAUGUGGGGACAGUCUACAGUGAGCACAGACACUGCUUCAUGAGGAAGUGGCUGCUGCUCAGUGACCCUGACGACCUCUCGGCAGGGGUCAAAGGUUACGUGAAGGUCAGCCUGUUGGUGCUGGCGGCGGGAGACGAACCCCCGGCGGACCAGAAGGAGUGUGUGGAGGAGAAGGAGGACAUCGAGGGGAACCUCCUGAGACCGGCCGGUCUGACCCUCAGAGGAGCACAGUUCUCCCUCAGAGUCUUCAGAGCUGAAGACCUCCCUCAGAUGGACGAUGCCUUCAUGGACGGGAUGAGGCAGAUCCUGGGCUUCGACAGCAACAGGAAGAAUCUCGUUGACCCGCUGGUAGAGGUCCACUUUGCAGGCAAAACCAUCUGCACCAAAGUGCUGGAGAAGAGCGCCAACCCCCAGUGGAACCAGUGCCUGUCCAUGCCCAUCAGGUUUCCCUCCAUGUGUGAGAAGAUGAGGCUCAGAGUUCUCGACUGGGACCGGGCGAGUCACAAUGACAUCAUCGGCACCGCCCACCUGUGCAUGUCCAAGAUAUCAGCCCCUGGCGGAGAGAUCGAUGAUGAGCCGUCUUCUAGGAGUCUCCAGUCUGCCAUGGACGACAGUCUGGGUUUCCUGCCAACCUUCGGGCCCAGCUGGGUCAACCUGUACGGGAGUCCGAGAGAGUUCCACACCUUCAACGACCCCCACCACACCCUCAACCUGGGGAAGGGUGAGGGCGUGUCGUACCGCGGCCGUGUCCUGGUGGAGCUGAACACCAAGCUGGUGGAGCGGCUGGAGCAGAGGACGGAGGACAUCCCCUCAGAUGACCUGCUGGUGGUGGAGAAGUUCCUGAGGAAGAGGAAGUUCUCUCUGUUCGCGGCGUUCUACUCCGCCACGCUCCUUCAGGACGUAGACGACGCCGUCCAAUUCGAGGUCAGCAUCGGUAACUACGGCAACAAGUUUGACUACACCUGUCUGCCGCUGGCUUCCACCACCCAGUUCAGCCGCGCUGUGUUUGACGGUUGUCACUACUACUACCUGCCGUGGGGUAACGUAAAGCCAGUGGUGGUCUUGUCGUCAGAAUGGGAGGACAUCAGACCCAGGAUAGAAGCUCUCAACAUGCUGCUGCACAUCACAAACAACCUGGAGUCCAACCUGCGGCGGGUCCAGCUGCUGGUGAAGGCUGCGACUGACCUGGAGGAGGUGGAGCUAGCUGUGGUCGACCUGUUGGAUCAGGUCAUCACUGACUGCAGCCAGGAGCUGCCGUCUCUGGACCAGUGGCCGUGUGUGACCCCUCUGGACAAGUCGCUGCGUAACCUGCGCUGCCUCCACCUGCAGCAGGUGCUGUCGGGGGCCCAGAGCCUGAAGCACGGCCCCGCCACAGACCUGUCCUCCGUGCUGGAGCUGGCCCAGGACUGGGCCGCACGCCUCCGCUCCCUGGCUGAGGAGCCUCAGAACAGUAUUCCAGACAUCGUGAUCUGGAUGAUGCAGGGGGACCAGCGCGUGGCGUACCACCGCAUCCCCGCCCACUCGGUGCUCUUCUCCCACUCCCACCCCGGGGAGCACUGCGGAGAGCUGCAGACCGUCUUCCUCAAGUAUCCCCAGGGAACAGGAGCAGAGGCCAAGCUUCCUGGGCAGCUGAGAGUGAAAGUCUGGUUCGGAUUGGCUGCGGACGUCAAGCAUUUCAACCAAUACGCUGAGGGCAAGCUGUCCGUGUUCGCAGAGACGUAUGAGAACCAGACCCGGCUGGCCCUGGUGGGCAGCUGGGGGACCACGGGACUCACCUCCCCCAAGUUCAGUGACGUGACGGGCCGCCUGAAGCUGCCCAAGGAGAGCUUCAAGCCCUCCCCGGGCUGGAGCUGGGCGGGGGACUGGUUCAUCUGCCCCGAGAAGACGAUGCUGUAUGACACGGACGCAGGUCACAUGACCUUCACAGAGGAAGUGUUUGAGACCCAGAUGCGGUUGCCCGGGGGACAGUGGAUCGGGAUGCCGGAAGGGUACACAGAUGUGAACGGGGAGAAGGCGGUGCCUAAGGAGGAGGUGGAGCCCCCUCCUGGCUGGGUGUGGGACGAGGUGGAGUGGAGCGAGGACCUCAACAGAGCUGUGGAUGACCAAGGCUGGGAGUACGGCAUCACCAUCCCCCCGGACCGCCGACCUAAGUCCUGGGUCCCCGCCGAGAAGAUGUACCACACCAACCGCCGCCGCCGCUGGACACGCCUCCGCAGCCGCGACCUCACCAGCAUGGCCGCCCUCCGACAGCAGCGUCCAGACGACUCUGAGCGGGAGGGCUGGGAGUACUCCUCUCUGUUCGGGUGGAGGUUCCACCUGAAGCCCAAGAAGACGGACUCCUUCAGGAGGAGGAGGUGGAGGUGUCGCAUGGAGCCCCUGGAGAAGACCGGCCCCGCCGCCAUCUUUGCUCUGGAGUGUUCCCUGAGCUCCAUUGAGGACAGGAGCGAUGAGAAGUCUGUCACCACCACCUUCGGAGUCAACAGACCCACCAUCUCCUGCUUCUUUCAGAGUGGGACGAGGUACCAGCUCAGGUGUUACCUGUACCAGGCGAGAGACCUGCCAUCCAUGGACAAGGACAGCUUCUCAGACGCCUAUGCCAUCGUGUCCUUCCUGCAGCAGUCCCAGCGCACGGUGACGGUGAGGAACUGCCUGAACCCCUGCUGGGACCAGACGCUCAUCUUCUACCAGCUCGAUGUGUUCGGAGACCCCGCCUCCACCCUGGCCACGCCCCCUCGCAUCGUGAUCGAGCUAUUCGAUCAGGACUCCUACGGGGCUGAUGAGUACAUGGGGCGCUGUGUGUGUGAGCCCUCGGUAAGCCCCUCCCCCCGCCUGGCCUGGUUCCCUAUUCGCCGAGGGGACAGAGACGCUGGCGAGCUAUUGGCUGCCUUCGAGCUCAUCCGGAGAGAUCAGCCAGCGAUUCAUCAUAUCCCAGGUCAAGAUGGGGACUUUUCGGCCUCCCAUAUCUUUGAGGAGUUGCUCCUGCCAGGUGUCCCAUCUGAAAACCUGCAGCAAUUGCCGGAGGACUCUGACCUGCCGUGCCUGCCCCCCCAGAGAGAGCCCAACGUCUUCAUGGUCCCCCAAAGCAUCAAACCAGCCCUGAGGAGGACCGCUAUAGAGAUCUUGGCGUGGGGCGUGAGGAACCUGAAGAGCUUCCAGAUGGCCAGCGUUUCCUGCCCCAGCCUGCAGGUGGAGUGUGGGGGCGUGGUCGUCCAGAGCUGCGUCAUCCGCAGCAUGAAGAAGAAGCCCAACUUUGACGUCAACACCCUCCUCAUCGACGUGAGACUCCCGGUGGAGGAGCUGUACAUGCCCCCCAUCGUCAUCAAGGUGAUAGACAACCGUCAGUUUGGCAGGAAGCCGGUGGUGGGCCAGUGCACCAUCCGCUGCCUGGACGACUUCCGCUGUGAGCCCCAGGAGGAGCUGGAGGAGCAGGAGGAGGAGACAGGUGACAUGGCCUUGACUCCCCGUGAUGACAUCCUGAUUGACAUCGAUGACAAAGAGCCUCUCAUACCUGGACAGUUUACAGAUGGGACCAGCUCUGCCAUCAUUAAUCUUGCCUCCUCUCGCACUAGUCUUCAUAUGUCCCAGUGGGAGGAGGAGUUCAUGGACUGGUGGAGUAAGUUCUACGCCUCCACCGGAGAGACCAGCAGAUGCGGAACCUACCUGGAGAAGGGCCUGGACACCCUGCAGGUGUACGACUGGGAGCUGGAGCGGGUGGACGCGUUCGGCGGUCUCUCAGACUUCUGCCAGACCUUCAAGCUGUACCGCGGGAAGACCCAAGAGGAAGGACAGGACCCCUCCCUGGUGGGGGAGUUCAAGGGUAUGUUUAGGAUCUACCCCCUGCCCGGUGACGCCUCCAGCCCCAUGCCCCCCAGACAGUUCACCCAGCUGCCCUCCAGUGGUGUGGAGGACUGUGUGGUCCGGGUCUACGUCAUACAGGCCCACGACCUGCAGCCGAAGGACUCCAACGGGAAGUGUGACCCCUACGUCAAGAUCAGUCUGGGGAAGAAGACCAUCAGUGACCAGGACAACUACGUUCCCUGUACCCUGGAACCUGUGUUUGGAAAGCUGUAUGAGCUGACGUGCACGCUGCCUCUGGAGAAGGACCUGCGGGUGGCGCUGUUUGACUACGACAUGCUGAGCAAAGACGAGAAGAUCGGAGAGACCGUCAUCGACCUGGAGAACCGCUUCCUGUCCCGCCACGGAGCCCGCUGCGGUCUGCCAAGCACAUACUGCACGUCGGGGGUGAACGUGUGGCGGGACCAGCAGAGUCCCAGCCAGCUGCUGUCCAGGGUGUGUGAGAGGCGGGGCCUAAGACGACCCGUCUACCAGCGAGACCGUCUCACCUUCAGGGGCCGGCAGUACACGGCUGCAGACCUAGAUGAUGGUAAGCCUCUGAACCCCCACCUCGGACCCCUGAUGGAGAGACUGUCUCUCCUCAUCCUGAGGGGCCUGGGUUUGAUUCCCGAACACGUUGAGACCAGACCACUGUACAGCCCUCUGCAGCCAGAGAUACAGCAGGGGAGGCUGAUGAUGUGGGUGGAUGUGUUCCCCAAGUCCCUCGGACCCCCUGGACCGCCGUUCAACAUCACCCAGCGCAAAGCCAAGAAGUUCUUUCUGCGCUGCAUCAUCUGGAACACCGUCGACGUCAUCCUGGACGACGUCAGCAUCAGUGGAGAGAAGAUGAGUGACAUCUAUGUCAAGGGGUGGCUUCACGGGCACGAGCACAACAAGCAGAAAACAGACGUGCACUACCGCUCGCUGGGAGGAGAAGGAAACUUCAACUACCGACUCCUCUUCCCCUUCCACUACCUGCCCGCUGAACAGCUCUGCUUUGUCGAUAGGAAGGAACACUUCUGGAGUGUGGAUAAGACGGAGAAGAAGAUUGCUCCUAAACUCACCAUCCAGAUCUGGGACAAUGACAAGUUCUCCUUUGACGAUUACCUUGGUCACCUGGAGAUGGACCUGAACAGCAUGCUGCGGCCGGCCAAGAGCUCGGUGAAGUGCGGGCUGGCGAUGCUGCAGCAGGCGGCCGACCAACGCGUCUCGCUGUUCCAGCAGAAGAGCGUGAAGGGCUGGUGGCCGUGCAGCUGCCAGCUCAACGGGGCGACCACACUCGCUGGGAAGGUGGAGAUGUCUCUGGAGGUGGUGUCAGAGGAGGAGCAGGAGGAGCGACCGGCAGGCGUGGGGAGAGACGAGCCCAACAUGAACCCCCACCUGGAGGAGCCCAAGCGUCCGGACACCUCCUUCCUGUGGUUCUCCUCUCCCUAUAAGACCAUGCGCUUCAUCCUGUGGACGAGGUUCAAGUGGUUCAUCCUCCUCUUCAUCAUCCUCUUCCUCGUCUUCCUCUUCUUCGGUGUCUUCCUCUACUCCUUCCCCAACUACGCCGCCAUGAAGAUGGUGGGGCCGUUCGGACCCGCCAAGGCAGCCCAGUGAUGAUGUCAUCAGGACGCGACUCCUUGGAGAUGAUGACCGAUGAGAGGGAACGGUCGAUGGUUGCCAUAGCGCUGCACAUACAGUGGAUUGAGGUUUUGGAUUAGGGUUUUUGUGUGUGUGUGUGUUAGUCGACUGUGCCAUUAUUGGUCAUUUGGGUGUCAGCUUUCGUUUUUUAGUCGACUUUGCCACUUGAAUCGUCUAUUCAUAUGUAGAAUAUUAUGAUUUCAUUCAGUGAGUUUUCAUUGUUACGAUUGAAUCCCGGUAGUCUGUUCAAUUUUUCUGUGUCUGAUAACCAAUCAGAAACCACCUCUGCUUCUAAGGAGUAUUACAUGGUUUACUUCUAAGCUUAAGGGCAAUCCCGAAGAAUAUGUUAAUCGAUGUUGGAUGUUGUUGUUCUGCCAUCACAACCACAUCAAUUACAAUAUGUAUAACAUCCAGUAUAAGUGGAGGUAAAGACUAUUAUCACUAUCUACAGACUUGAAAAUAUUGAAAAGAGUGUUUAGUGUUCAUCCUGAUAUGAAGAGUUGCUGUUUUUGCAUUAUUAGGGUAGCAGUAUGUUUAAAUGUUUUCUUUGAUAGCUUUAAUAGUUGACCGAGCUUGAACUCAUUGAACCUUAAACCUAAAAUCAGCCUAACACUGCUGCUAUAGCCAUGAAAGCCUUAACCUCACUUUACAAAUGCAAAGUAGAAACGCUCUAUGCUAACAUGCUAGUUGUUGCUUUGGUAAAAACCGAAUCAAAACCAAAAAAGCCUCAGGCAUCCUUUCCCCCUCGUUCCCAAAUAAUAGCUGCCUUGAGAACAAAUAUUUACCCUUCACAUUUUUGCCUAACGGGACUAAUCAACACAUGUAUCAAUGAGUGUUGAACCAUCCAUAUUUGUUACAAGCCUCAGCCGCAAUCUAAUCUUAUCAUCUGGCGUGUCAAAACUUUUGAGCGGUAGCAGCACAUCCGAGUAGCCCAACAUUAUCAUAUCCGAUGUUAGCGCCUACUGUGCUAGGCUCAACGGCGUUGCUGAUGCUAACGGCUGUAUGCAUUGUGGGAGAUGUUGUCUGACGGCGUGUUGUUAGCCAGUUGUUUCCGUGUGUUUUUUGGAAUCCACAGACUGAAUGUAUUCUUCAUGUAUUCACUUCACCACAAGCAAUACUGUCUGCACUGGAAGAUCAAAGAAUUAUCAAUAAAGUAUAUAUUUAAACUCUG